AUCGCCGAUUGAUAGGCGGGGAUCCGGACGCCGUCGCGCGGGGUUCUAUCUGUUAUCACAGUGCGGCAUUACUGGAAGACACAAGCUGGCCCCGUCAUGUACGCUAUCAAGGGCGAGCAGUCUUUCGGAUAUGGGCCCGGCAACCCAACACCAACGCGCAUGCGGGGCGGAUCAUAGACCUGGACGCGAAGAAGGAGAUCUCGCGCCGCGCCCCUUUAGCCCGAGAGUGCUCUACCGAACCCGGAAGGAAUCCGGGGGGCGCACGCCGGGGAUUUCUGCCACCGGAAGCACACAGCCACGGAGCCCAGCCCGCGAUAAAGUUCGCGGCGUGCCCGAUCCGUCUGCGCCUGCCGGGGGCCUAGGAGCGGCGGCCUGCGGCCCCGCCCGGCAUUAGCG